GGAAUUGUGGCAUUAAAACGUGAAAAACAAGUAAAUAAAUAUACUACAGACACGGGGAACCCUAGCUACACUUUUGUAUGCCUUUUUUGAAAAUAUUGAUUUUAACGUAAUUCUUUGCACGAAUGUAACCAAAAAUGUUUUGAAGUAACAUAAAAUUGUCAUAAAAUGUUUUUUUUUUAAACGGUACGUAUAAUGGAUGAAAUUAUAAGUUAUAAGAUGUGCGCAGUAAAAGUGCGCAAUGCAAAACUGCGGAAUUACCUUAAAUUCUCUAUUGUCUGCCUUACCACUUGCUCCUAACCAAUGCUUGUGAAUUGUGAUAUCUUGUACCAGACUUUUAUAGGGUGCAUACAAGACCUCAAUAUCCCACUUGAAUGACUACGCAUUGUUUGUCCUCUGCUCCAAUCACAUAAUGUAUUUCCUCUGUUUUUUUUUAGCUUUAGCGCCAGUUCUGGUUCCCAUACAUCCAAUGGAACAACGUACUACACCAAUGCCAAGGCCACAACUUGAUGAAUAUAUAAAUCCUGCGAAUGCUGAAUUUCCCACAUCCGAACCUCCAUUGCUGUCUCCAUACUCUCCAGGUGAGGCUAACUUGCAAAUUGGAUGGGACUUCUCGUGGGUGAAAGAAAAUAACCUGCGGCAGGGGGGAGGGGAUGGAUUUCCUGGAGGUGCAGGGGUGUGUGUGUGCACUCCUCAUAGCCUUGGCAAAGAGGGGUGACAAUUUUCUUUAACAGGGUUCGUAGUCUCCAAGACCAAAAAAAAUUCAAAGACUUUCAAAGAUUUUUUCGCCUAUUUUCAAAGACCUUUUAGAGCAAUCAGCUUUCGAAAAAUUGCACCAUUUGUAUCCGGUAAUUAGUUCCGUCAAAUCACAUCCUAAAAUGCGCCUUUUCGUCGAUAUUUUCGAAAAGCUUGCUCUUCAAUCAAUCAAUUUUAUUAGCUAGGGAAUCGUAUAAUCAAAUACUCACUAAAGAAUUUAAAGACUUUUCAAAUGCCUUAAAGACCUGCAUUCAAAUUUAAAGACUUUCAAGGAUUUCAAAGACCGCUACGAACCCUGUUUAAUAUCAAAUCCAUUUGUUAUUGUUGAAAAAUAAAGUUGAGUUUAAAAAAUGCUUGCGCAAAACAAAAACACAGCUGUUGUUUUUACAUUUUCAAACAUGGUGUGUACAUAGUCCAUGUGUAUAGUGUUUUGUCAGUUCCGACCAACUUUUGCUAGGUUGGUACCACCUCACAUGGGACCUAUGUCCUCUUGAGCACACCAUCAACCAUACUUUUAAUAUGUAGAACAUUUUGUAUUUUUAUAUGAUUGUAAAGUAAAUAAAAAAUAAAGUACGUUGAGCUUCUUAUUUGGAAAUGGGGUGGAUUCUUAGAAAGGAUCCUUAGGACUGGGGUUGAUUCUUAGAAAGUGCUGAACAUGGCACUGUAGUGGUCUGGGGAAACAGCUCCAAGUAAAGCCCAAGGGCCAAACUGUUGAUAAACUGACCAAACUGGUUGAUAGGGCUGGGUAAUUCUUAGAUUUCACAUAUAGCUGUUGAAUAUGGCCCGCAAAAUUAUGGUUUGGCAAGGAGGGCUGGCCACCCUGGACCCCUAUUAGCCAAGACGUAGGUGAACGGUGCAACUCGAUCCAGAAAUUCCAUCUGAGACAAAAGAUGAGUAGGAUAGGAGACAAAUAAGGUUUGCAGAGAAUGAAAUAAAAAUAGGAUAAAAACAAGAGGGCUAAAAGAUAGUAAAGAGUGGAAAAAUGAAGGUAUGAAGGGAAUAUGAAAGGCAAAAACGCCAGAAUUUGAUCACGGGCAAGUAAUGGAUAAAAAAGGGAGUUGAAAGUAGAAUGUUUACUUAGUUAUGUUCAAAUGAAAAUCUACAACAUGUUAAAACCUUCAUUAUUAUGUGUUUUUACUUUGGAACAGAUCCUUCUUUAAUGCCAUACAUGUCAGAUGAUGGAAUGUCAGAAGACUCCAGCGUUGUAGGAAUGCCCCAUGGUAAGGUUUGAUUCGUUUACAAAGGAUAACAAGAGGGUGCUCUAAUAUUUUAUAAUAUUUACUAUCCCACACGUUUUGCGUCGAUUUUGUUAUUCCGCCAAACGCGACUUCUAACAUCGGAAUCCUGUCAUUUUUCCCUUUUUGCAUACCAUUUCCAAAAUAUACGUUAUCCUACACUCUGCAAAACCUUUUGUGGAUCAGCAAAGAACAAAUUGAUUAACAUCAAAUUAAUUUUGCUUUCGUAGAAUCAGGUCAGCUAUCUCCAGAACCUCCGAUGGCUGUAGGUAAGUGUUAGCUAAAGUUAUAAAUCACGUGGCAAUGUAAGAAACGUGUAACUUUAAGACCGCAUUUACCAAUAAAAAAUGUACUGACAGACGCGGUUUAAGUUUCCUGUAACGAUAUAAAAAUACUUGGCCGUCUUCAAAUUCUCUACUGCUCGAAUGAACUCUCUAUUCACCGACUUGAUUACCUGCUCAGGGUAUCGGUGAUAUAUAUUUCGGACCCUCCAUUGUGGACAGCUUUCAAGUUGUUCUUCUGCAGUUACAUCAUCAUUCGCUGCAGUUGUUUGGGUGCUGCUAGAAGAGGCUUUUGCAGGAUCACCUCCAGCGGCUUGUGCUCCGUUACUACUGGGAUAUCACGUCUCCGAAUACGUACUGAUCAAAACGAUCACAGGAUUGCCCAGCAGAUCUAUCUGAGCGUAGUAUCUCUGUGUAUGUGUUGGUGCUUGGGACGUAAAUGCAACAGGCUUAGAUCCGUAAGAUCCUUAUUAGGAUAUAUGCAAAUCCCAGAAUAGAUUAUAUUUAAAGUAUUUUUUGUAAUAAUGCUUUGAAUAGGGGUUAUAUUACAGUAUCUAUCCGCCAUCAGAGUAUCUCCACUUUGUUGACCAAUAGCGUCACACCAGUGUUGAAACGUUGGGUUCUGAAUGCAAUUCGCUCAAGGAUUGUAUUCAUUUACUUCAACCAGAGAAGCGAAAUAUGUGUUGCGUUAUAUCCAGUUGCCGUUAACUCGUUAACCUAAAAACAUUUUUAAUGUUCUGUAUUGCUUGUUUUGCUAGAAACCCACCCAGUGCAAUACCAAGAACCACAACACUGGUGUUCGAUCUCGUAUUAUGAAAUGAACUACCGAGUGGGAGAGCUAUUUAAUGCGUCAGCUCCAAGUGUUACUGUUGAUGGUUUCACAGAUCCCUCAAGUGCUGACCGCUUCUGCCUCGGUAUUUUAUCAAACAUCAACAGAAAUCCAGCGGUCGAAACAACGAGGCGUCAUAUUGGAAAAGGUGUACGACUAUAUUACAUUGGUGGUGAGGUAUUUGCUGAAUGCCUGAGUGACAGUAGUAUUUUUGUCCAAAGUCCUAAUUGUAAUCGCCGCUACGGCUGGCAUCCAUCGACCGUAUGCAAGAUUCCGCCAGGUUGUAAUCUGAAGAUAUUCAACAAUCAAGAAUUUGCACAAUUACUGUCGCAGUCUGUAAAUCAAGGGUUCGAAGCUGUUUAUCGUCUCUCUCAGAUGUGUAUGAUCAGAAUGAGUUUCGUCAAAGGCUGGGGCGCAGAGUAUCGAAGACAGACUAUCACAAGUACACCUUGUUGGGUUGAAGUACAUCUUAACGGACCUUUACAGUGGUUAGAUAAAGUUCUUACACAGAUGGGAAGUCCUAAUGGAAUAUGCUCAUCGAUGUCAUAGAUACACGUCAUUAUCACCAUGAGAACGACGACAGAGUGUACAGUUCAAUUGCAUGUUCACCAUGGGAACAGCAGAGGUUACACUUCUGAUAACAAACAAUUUGUUAUGAUGGUAUAUAAACAAAUGCAUUAAUGCUACCGUGAUAACAGCAUGUUGUUACCGUGAUGUAGUAAUUAUGUAUCUAUGCAUGGCAGUGCUGUUGACCAGUACUGUUAUUGGUAAGACAAUGUGGGGUUGUUAAGACAAAGGAAGAUGUUAUGGUAUCCUAACAACUGUCAGCGGGUACGGUCUGGUGCUACCCAUGAAGACCAUGUAACAUUUGGGGUUGCUGUAGAAAUAUUGAAAGUUAUUAGAGAGUUUUAGAUUGACGUUUACGGCAAACGUCAAACUGCUAACGAAGUUUGUGAUUUUACAACUCUAUUAUAACAGCUUUUACACCAGUUUUGAAAUAUAUUAAACAAUUAUUAAACUUGUGGUAUUUAACAAUGAUUCAAGAAAACAAAUUAACCACUAGUCAUGUAUUCACCAAAGCAGUAAAUUAAGAUUUAGCGUUUGAAGUCUACGUUUGGCGUAUAAAUUUCAUGCUUUAAUGACAGCAAGCCCUCGUAACAGUUAAAGCAUGAAAUUUAUACGCCAAACGUAACUUCAAAGGCCAGAUUUUAAUUUACUGCUUUGGUGAAUACAUGACUAGUGGUUAAUUGCUUUCUUAAAUCAUUGUUAAAUACUACAAGUUUAAUAAUUUGCUUGAUACAUUUCAAAACUGGUGUAAAAGCUGUUAUAAUAGAGUUGUAAAAUCACAAACUUCAUUAUGCCUAGUUCUCAUUCAUCGUAAACCGUCGGCGACGGGAGCUUUGCGACGUCGGCGACGGCUUUGCGAUUUAUGAGAACGCAUCAAAAAUUAUAUCGCCGAUUGUCCGUAAUCGUCGCCGACCAUCGGCGAUGACAUCGCAGGAAACAAAAAAGUUUGUUUCUUGCGACCAUCGCCGACUGCCAUCUGCUUGAAAAAUCUAUGAGAAAUGAGUAAAAGUUGUUUUUUCCUCAACAAGCAAGGAAAUAAUCAACUGAAGUUUGACAGAAAUCAUGAACUUUACGUUGAAUGG